GUGGUCUCCAAAGGUGUCCCAGAGGCGCAGAGAGACGCUGACAUCAUCUACCACGUCUCGGGAGCGUUCCAGCACCUGGGGGCAAGGGAGGAAGAGUGGGACUCAAAGGCAGCAGUUCUGGGGCCCUCUGCCUGCCACCUCAGGAAACACCGGAAAGGAUUAGUCUCCAGCCCCGCGGUACCCAGCCCAGCAGCCGAAGCCAGAGCCCAGGUGCCCAUGGGUUGGACAAUGAGGCUGGUCACAGCAGCACUGUUACUGGGUCUCAUGAUGGUGGUCACUGGAGACGAGGACGAGAACAGCCUGUGUGCCCAUGAGGCCCUCUUGGACGAGGACGCCCUCUUUUGCCAGGGCCUUGAAGUUUUCUACCCAGAGUUGGGGAGCAUUGGCUGCAAGGUUGUUCCUGAUUGUAACAACUACAGACAGAAGAUCACCUCCUGGAUGGAGCCGAUAGUCAAGUUCCCGGGGGCCAUGGACGGCGCAACCUAUAUCCUGGUGAUGGUGGAUCCAGAUGCCCCUAGCAGAGCAGAACCCAGACAGAGAUUCUGGAGACAUUGGCUGGUAACAGAUAUCAAGGGCGCCGACCUGAAGAAAGGGAAGAUUCAGGGCCAGGAGUUAUCAGCCUACCAGGCUCCCUCCCCACCAGCACAUAGUGGCUUCCAUCGCUACCAGUUCUUUGUCUAUCUUCAGGAAGGAAAAGUCAUCUCUCUCCUUCCCAAGGAAAACAAAACUCGAGGCUCUUGGAAAAUGGACAGAUUUCUGAACCGCUUCCACCUGGGCGAACCUGAAGCAAGCACCCAGUUCAUGACCCAGAACUACCAGGACUCGCCAACCCUCCAGGCUCCCAGAGGAGGGGCCAGCAAGCCCAAGCACAAAACCAGGCAGAGAUAGCUGCCUGCUAGAUGGCAGGCUUUGCCAUCCAGGCACGUGGCCACACUGCCCACCACCGACGAUGUAGGUAUGGAACCCCCUCUGGAUACAGAACCCCUUCUUUUCCAAAUUAAAAAAAAAAUCAUCCA